UGUCGCGGUGCCGCGCCGGCUCCUCCUUCCCCGUCCUUCUCAGCGGUCCCCCGCCUCCUCCCUCCUUCCCCUCCUCCCUCGCCCGCAGCCGAGCGUCCCCUCCCCCCACCCGUCGGGCUCCUCGGCGGCUACUGCAGAGGAUUCAGAACCGAGUCGCUGAGGAGGAGGAGGCUCCCGUCCCUGCGCGCCAUCCGCCACCCUACUGGACACGGGCGAAGGAGCAAGAGCGUCGCAGCUGUAGCUUCCACAGAAGACAAGGACAUCGUCGCCUCAGCCGCCGCCGCCGUUUUCGCUUGCAGCUGCUCGCCGGAUCCUCAGUCUUCCACAAUGAACCCUGUUUACAGCCCCGUGCAACCUGGGGCUCCUUAUGGCAACCCGAAGAACAUGGCCUACACGGGUUACCCCACAGCCUACCCGGCAGCGGCCCCUGCCUACAAUCCCAGCCUGUACCCCACCAAUAGCCCCAGUUAUGCUCCAGCAACUCUGCUGAUGAAACAGGCCUGGCCACAGAACUCGUCUUCCUGUGGCACUGAAGGCACCUUCCACCUCCCAGUGGACACCGGGACCGAGAACCGAACUUACCAAGCAUCCUCUGCGGCUUUCAGAUAUACUGCGGGGACACCAUACAAGGUCCCACCGACUCAGAGUAAUACUGCUCCGCCCCCCUACUCCCCAUCACCCAACCCCUAUCAGACGGCCAUGUAUCCAAUCAGAAGUGCCUAUCCCCAGCAGAAUCUCUAUGCCCAGGGAGCCUACUACACACAGCCGGUGUACGCUGCCCAGCCCCACGUCAUCCACCACACCACGGUUGUCCAGCCCAACAGCAUUCCUUCCGCCAUCUACCCGGCUCCUGUUGCCGCUCCCAGGACCAAUGGCGUGGCCAUGGGCAUGGUGGCAGGCACUACCAUGGCAAUGUCAGCAGGUACCCUGCUGACUACACCCCAGCACACCGCAAUUGGGGCACACCCUGUCUCCAUGCCCACGUACAGGGCCCAAGGAACCCCUGCGUACAGCUACGUGCCCCCGCACUGGUAAAGCCUGCAGCCCAUCCAGAUCUGGAGUCACACAUUGUAUGCAACUACUCAAGUCUUACACCGGUGCUGGAGCAGUUCCCUAGCAGCACCACCUCUAUUUGCAAGAAAAGACAACGGAAGUGCAAGGGUCACUUUAUGCAUCUUUAAUGGUUUUAGUUUUUAUUUUUUGGUUUUUGUAAAAGCUGCUUUUUCUAAUCUCCUGCCUCUCCCCCACCUCUCUUAGCCGCUGCCCUUCUAGCUCUAUCCCCUCCUCCUACCUGACCAGGCCACGGUCCUCUCUGCUCUUCUUUUCUUCUGUAAGCAUCCUGUCCCCGGGGAUCCCCGUCUCGUGGCACGCAGAGAGUGGGGUUUAUUGCAGUGGUUCAGCUGAAAUCUCAGUUUUAUAUGAAGAACAUAAACAGAUGUGGCCCUCAGUCUAGGGUGGGAACUCAGAGCUGUUGAGCAGGCCACAUCUCUAGGGAAUUGUUCUUUUUUUGUUUUUUCUUAAGCAAGAUUAAUUCAGGACAUUACCAUGUCCUGACACAAAUGAAACGUCUUCUGAAAACCAUCGCAACAGACCAAGAACAAAACCACCUGAUUAUGUAGGAGUGGCAUUAGCAGCUUAACACCCCAGGCUGAGAACCUGGGGAAACCAGAGUCUUUCUUUGGGAGAAUUUGGGGGAUGGAGGGAGGGCACUGUUGGGAAGGAGAGGGAAGAGGAGAGGUGCUUGCCUGACAGCUUUGGUUUGAAAUAAGGUUUGGGCCCAGAUUGUCUGGGCCUGGACCUUCUGAUUUGCACAGUGAUGUUAACUGACCUGGCACUUCCCCAAAAGGUGAUUUUUGACCUCAGACCUGCCAAGCAGCUGCAGUGUGCUGGGACCCAGCAUCCUGAGGCCUUGGAAGGCCAGGUGCCCUGUGUAAUCCAGACCUUGGCCUCCGAACUGUCAUGAACCCACUCUGAUAAGGAGCUUUCUCCUGAUUAGAGUGGGAAUCUAGGGCAUUUCUCUCCCUUUCCCUUCUGCCCUUCCCAGUGCCAAGGCUCACCCGUCUGUAGGGCUGGCAGGCAGGCCAAGCUCUUGGUUACCUUGUGCCACUCAUGGCCAAAGUGAAGGAACCACAUUCCAGGUGGGUGCUGGCGGCUCUGAAGGUCAAGAUAGUGAAGGAAAAGCAAUAGCAAUAAACAUUUCAUAGACUCAUGGAACUGAAGGGACCUUAGCAAUCAUCUCAUCCAUUCCCCUAUUUGACAGAUGAGGAAACUGAGGCCCAGAGAAGAGGAAAAGAGUUCCCCAGACCUCGCAGUAAAUUAGCAUUAAAUGCAGCCUUCCUACCUAGUGGCAUGUUGCCUACAAAAAUUUACCUAGGAAUGGAUUGGCUUGGUUUUGUAAAAAUUAGGUCAGCAGCGCCCACACCUGGUGAGCUCUGGAACAGUCUCUGGGCUCUUGUUUCUGCUCUUUUCCUCCACGGACUCCAAAGGCGGGGGUUGAAGACUGGGCAGAGGCCACAUGGGGGCAAAUGGCAGGAACAGAAAUUGCAAAUGAAGAAAUAGCAUUUGGAAAUUCUGUGAAGACAUCUGGAACUUUCGUCCUGUGCCUGACUUCACCUCUAGGAAAUGAAGCAGGUGGGCUGGCCGAAAAGGAGAGGCCAUGCUUUUCGGGCAGUAGCGCCUCAUCCUGAGAGGAGAGGAAGAGAAGGAGGAGAGUGGGAGUCACCAGGAAAGGAGGACGAGGAUGAGGCUCAGGAGACAUAGGCUCGUCUGGGAGAAGAGGGACCCCUGGGACAAGGAGGCCCCUGCUAGUCUCAGCCAGGAGCCUGGAUUGCCCAGCACUACCCUCCUGCACCCAGCACCUGGCUGGGCCAGCAGCCCCUCUGGGCAUAGGGCAGGAAUAUUUUACUAUACAAAAUGGGAUCACUGACAACAUUUGGGACUUUUAAAUAACUAUUUUCAUUUUAAAUUCAUGCAAACUUGGAUAUACCCUUCCCCCUGCCUCCCAUGUCUCCCUAAACAAGGAAAAGUAUCAGGAAGCCCUUGGGCUGGAAGGACCUCAGAAGCUCUCUAGCUGCUCCCAGGAGGGCAAAGCCCAUCAGCAUCCUUGUCGCAGAGCCAGGAGUUUGGGGCCCACCUUCCUGGGCUUCCAGGGAACUUCAGGACCAGUAAGAAAAAAUCCUACUGCUCUAAAUCAUCUGUUCUGGGGUGCUGAUGAGGUUUCAUUUUAAAACCACAAAGUUUUCCAGUGUUAAUCCAUUUUUGCAAAUGCCUCCCACCCUCUUUGGUUUUGUAAAGGUGGGUGAAGGUUGUUCUAGAUCAUGUCAUGCGUGUUUGAAAAAUGCCAAAAUAAUAAUAAUGAUAAUAGGAAACCUUUGCAUUUGUCAGGUGCAUCAUAGAUUUCAAAGCACUUCACAGCUUUUAAUUUACAGGCCCUGAGAGAGACAGGGUCAGAGUUAUUACACCCGAGUGACAAAUGAGGAAACAGCUUACAGAAGGAAAGGGAACAGACCACAGCAGAAUACUGGUCUCCUGCCAGGCUUCCCCGAAUCCUGCUGCCUCCAGGUGGGCUGGGGUAGAAUCACAGAGAGGAAGAAAGAAAAGAAGGAGACCGAGGAAUGACCUUGUAACUUUUGUUCUUUCUACACCAUUAAGUAAAAUUAACAUCUGGACCUCACAGUUCAUAGAGCAGUUUCAAAUAUAUCAUCUGUUUUAACCCUGUGAAAUAGAGAUUAUUCCUCCCAUUUGACCCGCGAGGAAACCGAGGCUCAGAAAAGUGUCUUGCUAAUAAGUGACAGAGCUACUUUAAUUCUAGGCUUUCACCUCUUUCCCCGCCAGUCUGACCUCACAUAGGCUCAUGUACUGAAGCAUCUGUGCUCUGCGCCCUGUCUUACCCUGUGUAAUUCAAGAGCAAAGGGAGGUCUCAAGGUGGAAAUAAGGCACGGACAGGCUGUGGUCUGGGAGAGCCCAGGCCCAGCACCCCUUUUCAGCAUGAGCACGAGCCCCAGUUCAGCUGGCCUCACCCUCUUGCUUUGAUGGAGAUCCACAAGCCUGGCCAAGCUUGGUGAGUCACUGCAAAGGGACAGAGCCCAGCAGAGCAGGGGCAGUCGGGUGUCUUUGGUAGGAUGAGCACAGCUUUUGGUAAGGUCACAGGUGUCUGGUGGAAGGUGCCAUAGGUAUUAUCCAAAGAUUCUGGAUGUCCCAGUGGUCAAGCUGGACAGAAGAUCAGAGCUGGGAGGGCCCUCUCAUUGUAGGAAGGCAAGCAAGCCAGAGAGGACAAGGGAUGUGUCUGUGUGACAUAGUGAACUCUAGCACUGGCACCAGCAUGCAAACCCCUAUCUCAUUCCCACUGCCUCUCCCCAGGUGCAACACCGUGGUGGCCAGUGUCAGGGGUACAGGUGGUUCCAGUCACCAGCCAACCCUCUUGGCUUCCCCCACUUCUACCUUACUCCCCCUCCUCACCAGCCUGGGACCCAGGAAUUUUGAGUCUAGAAGGUAGAUUGCCCCCAGGCAGUGAAAGCCUGAAAUAUAAUCUUUUGCCACGUUUUGAAAAAAAUACAUAUUUAAUUUCUUCCCCAUGAGAUAGAACAGUUGCCGUUCCUUCUCUUCCUUUCCUGGCAAUGACCCUAAAGUGCAUAUCCCCUUCCCUGAAUAUUCAGCAGGAACACACACACCUCUCCAGAGCUUUUUUGAUGUGCAAGGUACUCUGACAUGGAUUGCCAAAAUCCAGAUUUUAUAGAUGCAAAAACUAAGGCUCAGAAGGCUUAAGAGACUUGCCAAGGUCACACAGCUAAGGGAAAGAGCCAAAUUUUAACUCUUCAAAUCUGCUCUUUCUGCUGCCACCUGCUGGGUCUCUGAGUGGCAAGCAUGAAGGGAGGGGCUGCCUGUCUGUCCCCAAACAGAAGACUGUAUGGAGACCUGGGAAGCUCAGUCCUCUUAGCUGAGCAGACUUUUAUGAAUUAUUGCUUUAGACGGGGCCUGUGGGGACCCAGAGGCAAAUCCCGCUGGCAGCACAGGGAGAAUGAGAAUUUGCAACAAAAGGCUUAACUUGGACAAAACACUUUGGGGUCAUGUUGCCCAGGAUGCUCAGGACAUGUUCAAGGGCAGAUGAGGCAUCUUUCUGUUGAAGACCCAUGUCCCUGGGAAGCCCAUGCAUCCCGGCUUUCUGACCCCUGAGAAUCUGCCCACUGCCCAGAUCCAGUGAGUUGGCACUUCCAGGGGACCCAGUGUAGCCCUGAAUAGCCAAAAGCAUAUGGACUAAAGCCCCUGGACUUGCUUUUCCCACGGGUGAGAACUGGGACCUAGAGACUCUGAGCCUGUAGGCUCCGUGCAUACUAAUGCUUACCCCUGGCCACCCAAAUUGUUCCAAAUUUGAGGUAUCCCACUCCCAGAGAUCUAGGGUACUUCUUUGGAGGGCUUGCUUUGUUCUGAAUGGCUUUGAGAAAUAAAUCAUAUGGAGCAUAAAAGUAGGACAGGCCCCUUGGUCACUAAGUUCUAGCAUCCUCAUUGUGCAGACAGGACUCAUCCAGGGUUCUGGUGACGCACUGCAUGUCAGAUUCCUCAGCCCUGCCCUGGGCCCUGUGGUCUUCAUCACAGCAUUCUGGCUGGACCGGUCAUUUCUGUAUCACCACGGCAUUCCUCCUCAGCUGCAGCUGAGUGAAGUAUGUGGAAGCUCUGUCCUCUCAUCCCACUGGUGAGCAGCCCCAGCUGCUUGCCAAGCUUGAGAAUCAGGGGCAGGUUGUGUAGUGGAUGGGGCAGGUGGAAAGCAGGCUUCCUGUCACUGUGCAGCCCCCAGGGCCAGACCCCCACUCACAGUGGAGGAACCCUGCCUGGCUAACUGGUCAGAUUCCACACCUGAGCCUCUGAGCGCUCAGGCUCCCAUGGGCAUGCCAGGCUGGCUGCAGGGUUUGUCCUUAACUUGUCCAUGUCCCCCUCUCCUAGAAAACUCCUUGUUUUUGAAAUUAGGCAUUACAUGGUUCCAGGGCCCAGCCUUCAAAAUUCCUGGCAGGCCAACUUCAACAUUCCACGGCCAACCUUGUCUGAGCCAGACUUGGGUCCCACUCCCUCAAUUUCUCCAGUGGGUAUUUUCUAUCUUGCAUGCUGUUGAGUCCAACCCAAAGGCCAACCGACUGGCUGCCACAAAGCCAGAAAGGGACCCGACAGCACUUGCUUCCUUAUGGCUGCAUCGAUAGUCCUGGCUAUCCUUGCUGUGGCAGUGAGGCCCUGUUCCCAUUCCAGCCCGACAGGGGGGAUUUUCCUUCCUGAAGAGAACCGAUAUAACAGCUCUGCAGAUAAGUACCAGCCCACAGGAAUCAAAUGGGUGAAAUCAGCUUUGGGCCUGACCCCAGCAAGACCAGCAUCUCCAGGCUCCAGCCUUCUUCCUCAGGCCUAAGAGAGUCAGGGAAAGGGUGGGACUGGCCAAGAAACCUCCUGGGGUCAGCCAGACUGUCUGGAUCUUUGGUGUAACUCAAGCUCCUCCUUACCCACGGGUAGGUAAGGCCAGGCCUCUAGCAACAUGGAGUUGUCUGUACUGAUCAUUAAGGGCCCGAGGGCCUGUCCCCAUCCUGACUUCAAGGCAUCUGCAUCCCUGUUUCAUAUCACAUGACAGAGAAACCUGUUCUCAUAGCAUGUAACAUCCCUGUGAAGAGAGCGUUGUAUAUGAUUUUGUAUUUUUUAAUUCAUUUUAAUCUACAGGUUGGAAUCUAAUUUUUAAAUUUUAUUGGAACUCACAUUUUAAAAAGAAAUAAACAUUUAAAAUAAUAAUAAUAAUAAUAAUAAACCUUUGACCGGUGUCUUCCA